AAUUCAACGACGACCUCACAAUUACAAAUCACGGCAACAGCUUGUUUUCAUGUUGACUUAUAACCCCGUCGCCCUCCGCUGCCUUCUAUCGCAUCGCCCCCUCAGCUGUGUCUGCUCCAGGCCGUCUUCCCCAUCUAAGCUCGCCAAAACACCUCAUUCAUCAUUAUCAUCCCGGCAUCAUCCUGCCUCUCAUCUCACCACCACAAUGAGCACCGACGCAUCUCUAAAGACCUUCUUCUCCUCCAAAAACUUCGCCGUGGUCGGCGCAAGCUCAAACACGGCCAAGUUCGGACACAAGAUCUUCGCCUGGUACCUCCACCACGACAUCCAGGCCAUCCCGAUCAACCCGGCCGCCGCCACCAUCGCCGUGCCAUCCCUCCCGGACGCCGCAGGCAAGCCAUCCGAGGUCCCUACCGUCAAGUCCCUCUCGGACCUGCCCGACCCCAAGGAGACCUCCGUGUCCAUCAUCACACCUCCCCCAGUAACCCUGAAGGUGCUCGGCGAGGCCAAGAAGCUAGGGAUCCCCUCCGUGUUCCUGCAGCCCGGAACCUUUGACGAUGAGGUUCUGAAGUUUGCGAGGGAUGGCGAGGGCGAGGACGCGGGCUUCAAGGCCGUCGUCGCCGGCUUUGGCGGCGGCACCGUCGGCAGCGAGGGGUGGUGCGUGCUGGUCGACGGAGAGAGGGGCCUGAAGAAGGUGGGAAAGCUGUAAGGCGACAAGGCACAUGUGGAUUGGAUGACUGCGCCGCAUACUAAUCUUGGAACCGAUCAACAUGGGGCGGACGAUGGGGUUCAAAACAGCCCCGGCGGAUUUGAAGCAUCCUCAGACGUUCAUGUACCUGUGCCUUGGAGAGAUAGAGUAGAAUAGGCUCGUGAUAGAACAGCCUCUACUGGUACAGCAGGGUAUACGAAUACACCAUCUUGUUGGGGG